AAUGGAAAGACUCACUGCUCUUAGAGGCAAAGGAAUACCUUCUCUUUACUCUUGGUCUUGCAAAAGGAGUUACAAGAAUGGCUAUGUAUGGAAUGACUUAACAGACAAUGACAUUAUUCCUCCAUCAGAUGGUGCUGAAUAUGUACUCAAAGGCUCAGAAUUAGUUCCAGAAAUAAUAGAGCACCUGCAAAUCAGAAACAGGGUUCACCAUUCUCAGGAACCAAGCAUAAGCCUAGACACCAAACGAAAAUCCCCAACUUCAACCUUGACUCAACACAGGGCUUCAGCAUAUGAAGAGCAAGAUUUCGAUGAAGAUGAAGAGAAAGAGGAUGAAUACGAGUUAGACGAGGAGAAAACAUGCUACACAAGCUCAACAACUCCUCACUCUCGCUGCUCCAGAGGGGUUUCUACCAAUGAACUUGAAGACCAACAAGAGCCCCCUAAAACAGUCUCCCAGUCAGCUCAACAACACUCUUCCCUUUUGUCAACUUCCUCCAACGACAAACAAAACCAAAGCAAAAACAGCACUUCCAUUAGGUUCGAAGAUGAUGAACCAGUCGGGACUGAAUCUGCACCGAGUCGAAGCUCAGUUCUGCUUCAACUAAUUGCCUGUGGGAACUUAGCUGUUAAUAAAGCAAAGAACGUGGCCAUUAUGAAGCAACCCGUGGUGCAAAACAAAGCGGUGGUGAAGAAGGGAGAAAAUUUGCAUCGAGGGGUUCUCUGUAAGUGUGCGGUGAAGAAGGUUGUUGAAGACGAUGAGAUGAUAAUAGAGCAGUUGUCUGAGAAUCCAAGGUUUGGGAACUUACAGGCUGAAGAGAAGGAGUAUUUCAGUGGCAGCAUUGUGGAGUCCAUGAACUCUGAGAAACCAGAACCAAUGCUAAAAAAAUCCAAUUCUUACAAUGAAGAAAGGAGGUGCAAGGUGGUGGGUGAAACAGUGGAAGAGAAGGAAAAAGACAAGUCAGUAACAGGGAAAUGUAUUCCUAGGAAGAAAUCAUCAAAGCAAAAUCAGAAAAUGAGGAUUGACUAGA